AAAAAAAAAAAAAAAUGAGAUUAUCAGAUAAAUGAACAGACAUCUGGUGUCAAUGGUAGUAUUGAAAAUUAUCUUUCGAAUUUAUCAAUUAUCAAGCACGAAUAAUCUGUAAAAUGCUACGCCAGCUCUUAGACGUUACCUGAAGAGUGAGGAAUUUUAAUAAACUCUGAAAAAUGCGACGUGUCUCAACAAAAAAGACUGCUGGCCCAGAUCAAGGUUUUGGAUGGGUGAUAGCUCUUAUUUGCUUUGCUAUUAACUUCAUAUUGAUAGGAGUGGCUCGCAGUGUCGGUAUGCUCUAUGUUUCUAUCAUAGAAGAAUAUCAUGUUCCUAGAGAAUCCGCCUUGCGGCCUUUUAGCAUAAGAGUUGCCAUCAAAUUUCUAGCAGGACCACUUAUUGGGCUUCUGGGACAGAAGUAUGGAAUUCGCCGUAUAACAACUGCCGGUGGUGCUGUGGCGGCAAUUGGAAGUAUCUUGUGUUACUUCGCUCCUAAUAUAUUUUGGAUUACAGUGUUUUGGGGUGUUAUUCACGGUCUGGGAUUUGGUCUGUCUACUGUAUUGCACAUGAUGAUCAUUAGCCAUUACUUCGAUAAAUAUAAAGCCUCUGCCUUAGGUUUAGGAUAUUCAGGUGACUGUUUCGGCACAUUCGUAUUUCCAGUUAUUAUCGAAUACCUUCUUUCUAAGUACGAUGUAAGAGGAACUUUUCUGAUUCUUGGCGGUAUCGUUUUGAAUGUUGUUCCUUUAGCACUUCUUCUGAAGAAACCGCCAUGGUUAUGUGAAGGUAAAAAACGAAGAAAAGUUAUUUCAAUUAAAACUCAAACAAGUAAAACCUCAGAAAAGACUCAUCCAAAAGAGUUAACUGGUUACAAAAAUGAUGGCUUCGAAAACUGCGAAACAGACUUAAGUAGUUCGCCAAGCCAUUUGCCGAAAAACACAAAGUCCAUCAAUAAACAAAACGAGCUUCCCAUUUAUCAAGAGGCAGUGGUAAUGAAUAGUGCUGUAAGUUUACUGAACAGGAAGAAUAAUUCCUUUUCGUCUCUUAGUGGUUCCGUUCGUUCAAAUAAGGCCCUGCCGGAAUACAUGGACUGCUUUCACCAUCGAGAUAAUUUCGAAAGGCAUGAUUCUUUGCCUCCAGUUCUCGAAAAAGAAGCCAAUAUGACAGAGACACAGCAAACAGAAAAUGAAAAUCCUGAAUAUACGCUUCACAUGAACAACGACCAUGAAAGAAAGAACGAAAUGGAUACCACGUCCUUUGAAACAACUGGUAGUAUGAGAAAAAGAAGAACGUCCAGUUUCGUCGGACAGAUAGCCCAGGAAAUCGUUCAUAAAAUGCGCUCGGCAAGUUUCGCUAGUCAAGUGGCCCAAGAUGGAUUCAUAACAAAUAUUAACCGUGAUAACCAAGAAGAAUCGGAACCAGAAGAAGAUGAGCAAAGUGAACAAAUAACUAAUGAAAGAAACGAAGAUCAGACGUCGAUAGAUUUUGGAUCCUCCAAUAAGCAAAUGGGACAACAACUGAUAUUGUCUGUAGCAGACAUGAAACUUUCUGAAUCUUCUAAAGAACAAAAUUUAAAACCUCAGCAGGACAUUUUCAGGACCAGUUCUAUUAAAAAGCUCGAUUCCUUUAGAUUAAAACCAAAACAACAAAUGUCAAUAUUUAAAAUGCUGCUGAAAACUAAUACGAAACCUAUGUUUAUUUUGAUAAGCAUUUCAAUGGCUGUAUACGCUUUUCUCUUUAUUGGAGUUCUCACAAUUAUCAUUGAUUAUGCUGUCGAUCAUGGUGUGGAUCAUGAUCGAGGAAAAUACUUAGUUAUCGGGUUUUCUGUAACAGAUCUUAUAGGCAGACUCAGUUUUGGACAAGUGAUUGACAGAAAAUUAGUUAAAAUGAAGAACUACUCUGGUAUCACAAUGCUCUUGAUGGGAACUUUCGUGACUGUAUUGCCACUCAAUUCGAGUUUUAAUUUCAUGAUGGUUUGCAUGUGUAUGUACGGUUUCGUACAAGGAGGAACAGCAAUAAUGUUCCCGAUACUAGUCACUUACUACAUGGAAAAGAAAGAAGAAUCAAUCGCUAUGGGUUGCUUAAAUUUCUAUGGAGGUAUUCUCAUGUUGCUUAUGGCUCCUAUGAUAGGAUACUUUCGAGACACUACUGGUUCGUACGAUGGUGUGUUCUAUAUAAUAGGUGGCAUAGUUGCAUUAGUGGGUCUUAUAUGGCAACUGGAACCACUGAUCUUAAAAUUCCAGAAUAGAAAACAGAGAGAAAACGUAGUAAUUUGCACAAGACUUUGAAUAGACAAUAAUCUUACUCAUGAUAAAACGUGGACAUGUUCCUGACGUUUAUAACAUCAUGUAUAAAACUGUACAUACAAAAAUAUGAACAUUGUAAUAUGUUUUGGAAAUAACUAUUCUUUUAUCAUCUAUCGGCAAUUAACUGUAUAUACGUUUUCUACAUAUUCAUCAUUAUACGUAUAUCCAAGCUUUUUAUUCAUUAUUUAUAUAUAUUAUGAAAUAAAAAUCUUAGAU